GUGCAGCACGAUGAAGGCAGUGCCAUGCCGGGGACCGGGUGCAUUCCUGGCGGUCUCUGCUACCCCCAGCCACUGUCCCCUUUGUGCUCCCGUCCCAAAGCACUUCCUUCACUCCCCUCGGGUCUCCAUGGAGACCCGGGUGCCUUCCCAUCUCCCAGGCUGCCGUGUGGGACCGGCCUCCCGCUCGGCCCCAUCCCCAUCCCCAGCUGCCCCUUGCCUCCUGCAGCUCUCAGCGGGAAGGAGACAUUCCUGGUGCUCUCGCUGCACAACAAGCUGAGGAGCAAAGUGCAGCCACCCGCGGCCAACAUGCAGAAAUUGGAGUGGAGCGAGGAGCUGGCACAGCUGGCGGUGGCACGGGUGGCAGGCUGCCUGGAGGGCCCCGCUCCUCCACCGGCCCCACAGCUGGGCUGGAGCGAGGCCUUGCUGCCGGUGGGCGCCGGGGGCUUCGUGGAGCUGCUGGAGCGCUGGUUCGCUGAGGGCCGGCGCUACGACUACGGGGCGGCACGCUGCACCGGGAACGCCACCUGCCGCCAUUACACCCAGCUGGUGUGGGCCACAGCGGGGCGGCUGGGCUGCGGCAGGCAGCUGUGUGCCGGGAGCCGGGGCCGCAGCCAGGCCUUCGCCUGCGCCUACUCACCUGGAGGCAACUGGGAGCUGGCCGGAGUCCCCAUCGUCCCCUACCAGCACGGGCCCUGGUGCUCGCUGUGCACCGCCGGCCUCUCCGGCUGCUUCAAGUCCUGGGACCACGGCGGUGGGCUCUGUGAGGUCCCCAGGAACCCGUGCCGCAUGAGCUGCAGGAAUGGUGCACAGCUCAACGUCAGCAGCUGCCAGUGUGCCUGUGCCCCUGGCUACACCGGGCGCUUCUGCCAAGUGCGGUGCAGCAUGCGGUGCCUCCACGGGAAGUUCCGGCAGGAGGAGUGCUCCUGCCUCUGCGAUGCUGGCUACGGCGGCGCUGAGUGCGGCACCAGGGUCCCAUUCCCCUUCCAUGCCUGCGAUGUGAGGAUCGACGGUGACUGCUUCACCGUCUCCCCCGAGGCUGACACGUACUAUGGGGCCAAAGCCAAGUGCCAGGAGAAAGGGGCUAUGCUGGCCCAGAUCAGGAGCCAGAAGGUGCAGGACAUCUUGGCCUUCUACCUCAGCCGCCUGGAGAGCAGCAACAGUGUGAUGGACACCGACUUUGACACCCGUAACUUCUGGAUUGGUCUCACCUACAAGACGUCCAAGGCUUCGUUCCGCUGGGACACGGGCGAGCCUUCUGCCUUCACUAGUUUUGCUUUCGGGCAGCCAGACAACCAGGGAUUUGGGAACUGCGUGGAGUUGCAGGCAGCAGCUGCUUUCAACUGGAACGACCAGCGCUGCAAGACCCGAAACCGGUACCUCUGCCAUUUUGGUGAGCGCAGGGCCACAGCCCUUGGGUCCCCCGUGUGGGCCCAGGAGCACCCUGACUCCGCUUCCCAUGCAGCCCAGGAGCACAUCUCCCGAUGGCAGCGGGACCCCUGAGCGGGCAUCUCUGGGGCUGAGGGACAGCAGUGGCACUGGGAUCAGCAGAGAAGGGCGAGCACUGUGCAUCAGCAUCCUGAAGCAGUGCCUGCUGCUGCUCGCCUUCCUCUGUCACCACCUGUGACAGCUGUUGGGGCAGGGAGAUGCUCAGCCUGGGGGUGUCCCCGAUGCAGCGAGGUGCCAAAGGGGCUUUUGGGUGACACAGACUUUGGCAUGGCUCGGGGUGAGGGCUGGGCGCUGCGGGUUCCUCAUCACCAGGAUAAUAAAGC